GGGCCACCAGUAAUCCUUCAAUCAUAAAAAAAGGCUUCAAAAGGUUACCUAUAACACGUGCUUAUUCGGUCAAGGACACUAGUCAGAACAGUACAACAAAUAAUUGUAUCAAGCCGAAUCUAUAGUAGAGUUUUGUCAAUAGAAUCUAUUGUUUUUAUUCAAAUGAUGGCCCUUAAAUGAGUAAACAUUUAAUCUAGGUUAAAAUUUAAUGUAUAAAUACGUUACUUUGUCGAAUUAAAUUCAUAACAAGUUCUGAUUUUGACCGAACAACCAUGAAGAUUUUGUUGGUUUCCUGCUUCGUCGUGAUGCUGAUGGUGGAAGCAUCCAGUUCGGCGACAGGCGAUUCCAAUAUGAACAAUAAAAACCUUCCGAAACGUACUAAGCGAUAUGCAUCAAGUUACGAUACGGGCCGAUCUGCGUACACUGAAGAAAAGGACACCACCAGCAAGACUGAAGAAGGCAACGAAAUGAACGAGAAAAAGGAAAUGGAAGAAAUGGAGGAAAUGGAAGAAAUGGAGGAAAUGGAAGAAGGAUCCCAGACUAAAGAAACCCCAACUAAAAUAUUAUCUGCCUCGAGUGGGGCGAUCGCUACCGAGAAUCUGGCCGCAUCUCAAAGCGCGGCCGACGUUGUUGAGACGGAAACAAAAUAAGUAUGACACAAAAACAAAUGCCGUUACACGCUACACGUUACAAAUGAUCUGUCACAUCUCUUGUCAUAAGAAGUAGUUUUGUUUGCGCAAUCGACACACCUUACUUGGGGAAAACAGUACGCAAUUAACAUCAUAUGGUCCUUCGAUCUAUUUUGAUAAUUAUUUAAAUACCUAAUUAAUCUCAAUUAAAAGACUUCUUUGCUAAUACCUUAAAUCUCACACUUAUAAUCAGUCUUUGAAUAACACGUCUACUGGUGUUCCAUCCUUCGAGGAAAUGCAAAACGGUGCGUCCCCCCACGUUCCUACCUGACGGACGAUCGCUUGACACACCACAGGCUUGACUGUAGCUCUUGUGUAGCCAGGAUCAGCAGCGGCUACCACACAUAAAGACCGACCGAUCAGGUUAAAUCCGAGGGAAAUCACUAGAAGGAAGAAUUUAUAUUAACACCUCACUCCUCGCUAAUCUGCGAACAGUCAAAGCAAUAACGGCCGUAGAUUGAGAAGAUUGAGUCGGAUAGCAGUCAAGGAAACCCCAAUUGCCGUGCAAGGACAAUGAAGGAUGUCGCGACGGAGAUUUGUGUUGAUAACGUAUAGCAAGCACUACCGGCAUCACAAUCUAUGUCCUCUAAAGGUUAUUGUGUACAAAUGCUUCGAUUUUUGAACACUAAUUCUAAGAAAUAAACAAGGCAAAGCAUC